GCGUGUGUAACAAGGGGCCCGGUCGCGUGCGUGCGUGCGUUCGUGAAACAUUGAAAGUAGGAGAGACUCCAGGAGCAUCCUCAUAUCCUCAGGAGUUACCCGUUUGUUCGUUCGUUCGUUCAUUCGUUCAUUCGUAGUGCAUCUAAAGCGCGUUUUCAACGGGACGCGAUUUGCGUAUCUCCUCCUCCGUGCACUCUCCGUUUACGCCUCACGUUAUGGUCCCAUAAGAAUCCGCGUGUGCUAGCGUGCGUGCGUGCCGAGGGGCUUCGUAGGGCUCUUGGUGGGGCUAUAUAGUGGAACUCGCGCGUGUGUGUGUGUGUGUGCCCGCACGUACGGGUGCGUGUGUAUGACGCUUCGGAAAUAACCCGUGUCCUCCCGAUGGUAUGACCGAUCGGAAUCGACUCUCUCUGGGUGGUGCAGCGGUCAAGAUGGAUCACUUCCAGGCCGCACUGGAUCCACGUAAGCAGGAGCUACUGGAAGCGCGUUUCCUCGGCGCUAGGAUGUCCGCCGGGGCCCAGCUUCAGAUGGCUCCACAGGCAACGAUUCUACAGGUCGGCCAGGACCAAGCACAUAAUCAUGCACAUCAUAUGCAACAGCAGCAGCAGCAGCAGCACUAUAACAACCAACAACAGCAGCUGCAGUCCGUCACCGCCUCGUUAGCAGUGGCGGCGUCCUCAUUGACCGAGAGUGGUGGUGAAGCCCAGCGAACGGAAGGAGUUGUAGCGGACAGUGGAACGAUAGUCUCAUCGAAUAGUAGUAACGUGCAGCAGCAACAGGGGCUGCAUCAACAUCAUACACACCAUCAUCACCAACACCACCACCAACAGCAGCAGCAGCAUCAACAUCAUGCUCAGCAGCAGCAACAACACCAUCAGAACAACAAAGACCAGGAUUCAAACUUGAGUACUUGCUCAUCGCAUAGUGAUAAGGAGAUCGAAGCGAUCGUUAGUGCCGCUGCAGCGGCUGCCGCGAUCGUCAAUGUCGGUGCCACGCCGGGAUCCACCGGUCACGGUAUCAUGCUGGCAGCGGCCGCACCCUCAUCCGGUCCCACGCCGGAGAAAGGGACUCGCGUUGCCCCGACCGACCGCAAGCGCAAACGGAAGGCCCCAGAAGACAAUGGAUGUCUUCCGGCUGGUGGGGGCGGAAUUGGUGCGGGUGGUGGUGGUGGUGGUACGGGCACAUCGGCAACCACCACGGCAGCAGGAGCGGGAGGCACCGCCAGUGUGGGCGGCCAUUUACGUGAUAGUAGAGAUAAUAUUAAGGGCCCGCGGCUCUCCGUGUCCCUAAGUGAUACUAAGAUAAAUGACUAUUUUUCGAAACACCCGGCAUCAUCGGGCUCGCUGAUGCGCUCGACGGUUGCGAAAGGGGCGAGCGGGAGCUCCGUGGCGAGUAGUGGCGGUGGCGGUGGCGGCACCCGUACCGGCGGGGGUGUCGUGCUCGGUGCAGCAGGUGGCUCUAUAGUAGGAGCAAUAAACAAUGCUACGAUCGCCGAUGGAGGCGGAGGUGGAGGAGGAGGAGGAGGAGGAGGAGGAGGAGGAGGAGGAGGAGGAGGAGGAGGAGGAGGAGGAGGAGGAGGAGGAGGAGGUGGAGGAGGAGUCAGUGGCUCGGCAGGUGGAGGAACGGGAGCAGGUGCGGGUAGCGCUGGCGGAGCCAGUCAAAGCCAAACGACCAAAAGCACCAGCCCUCAGCUCGGAUCUUAUCCGAUGUAUCCGCCCUCGACGAACCAACCGCCACAGCAAGUGACCGAGCGUGGAACGUCGUCGUCAUCGGUUCAGAGCAGCCAGCAGCAGAUCGUCAGUAGCCCGCAACCGCAGCAACAGCAGACCGAUCCGUUUAGCCGACCACAGCGGCAACCUACUUCGUCAUUAGUGUCGGCAUCGGGCAACAACAGCGCCAUUUCCUUAUUAGUUCCUCACUCGACCGCGGCCACCGCUGCGGCAGCAGCGGCUGCAGCGGCUGUCGCGGCAGCAGCCGCCGCCAUGAUAGCCCCCCCGCCACCUACAACCUCCAACGCGGCCGCGAUACAGAACACUACGAUAGUGUCAACCGGCGGGAACGGUGGAACCAUCGUGUCCAGUGCUUCCCAAAAGUCACACCAACCCUCGGCUAGCACGGCCACCGGGCAGCAGCCGCUGCAGGCGAAACAGCAACAAUCAUCGCAAUCGUCACACCAGAAGCAGUCGUCAGUGACGGUGGGCAGUCAAUCGGGUCAAACCGGCAUGGCCCAGGCAUCCCAGCAACCGCAAACAUCCUCGGCCACUUCCUCACAGACGACAACGACAACGGGAGGCCAAGGGGGGUCCACGACCAUCAUUGUUGCCUCUCAGCAGCAGCAGCAGCAGCAGCAGCAGCAGCAGCAUACCUCGCAGUCCUCCUUAGCGUCACUACAAGGCUCGACGGGAUUAGGAACCACUACCCACAGCACUAUUGCAGCCACGACUGCAGUAGUCAACCAGCAGCAACAGCAGCAGCAAAACCAUCACAUUUCCGUAACCACUUCCACCGCCAACAACAACAACAACAACAACAAUGCUAUUAUCAAUACGCUGGUGCUUAGCAGCAGUAGCAACAGUAGCAACAGCAACAACAGCACGACCGGUAGCACGAGUAACGGAGCUGGUAGCGGCGGGGGUGGCGGUGGUGGUGGCGGUGGUGGUGGCGGUGGUGGUGGGGCUACCGGUGCGGGAAUCGGUGGCAGUAAUGGUGGUGGGAUCGGUCUCACUAAAUCGGCGGCGGCCGCACUGAACAGUGGCAGCCUGCUGGGUGGUACCGGCAACAGCAGUACGUUCCAGCUGCGAGCGACGACCCCUUCGCCCACGCCAUCGACAGUGCUGGGUACGAUGGCGGGGAAACUACCAACAUCCAUGAUACCCGCCAUCGCCUUGACGAAUUCGGCUGCAGCAACGACGGUGGCGGCGACGGCGGUAGCGGCACCGGCGGCAUCGGUUGUCGUCACGGUUUCACCGCCCCAGAUGCUGUCGAAGAUGGUGCAGACCGAACUGACACAAGUGGACAUGAGCGAGCGGGAGCACGAUUUCGAUGCGAGCCGCACGCGCAUUGACGAACUGGCACGCAUGUCCGACGAACAAAAGACUCAGAUCGGCGUGAACCAGAAGGCGAUCGAGCAACAGAAGAGCCAGAUCGCCAAGUGCAUCGAGGUGGUGAAGAAGCUGCUGAAACAGAAGAGCAAUAUAGAGAAAAAGGAGGCGCGCCAGAAGUGCAUGCAAAACCGGCUACGGCUCGGUCAGUUUGUCACGCAGCGCGUCGGCGCCACGUUUCAGGAGAACUGGACCGACGGUUACGCGUUCCAGGAGCUCGCCAAACGCCAGGAGGAGAUCACGGCCGAGCGCGAGGAGAUCGAUCGACAGAAGAAGUUGUUGAUGAAGAAGCGGCCUACCAACAGCGAGGGUGGCCGUAAGCGCAACCAGAGCAACAAUAGUGGCAACAGCAGCAACAGCAACACCUCGAUUGGCGCAACGGCCACGGGUGGUGGGGCCGGCGUAGUGGUGGUGGGUGGCUCCGGUCUCGGAGGGAGCGGUACGGGUGGCAGUGGCGGAGUGUCUGGUGCCAGCGGUGCAGCUACUACCAAUAGCAGUGGCGUGAGCAGUAGCAGCAGCACAGUCAGCAGCGGAUCGUCAGCGUUGCACAACGGGAAUGACAAUAGCACCUUUCUUAAGCCGGACCCGGUUGUCAGCAGCGGCUCGUCGUUCACACUGCAGGAGUACUAUGAGUGCGACGAGAUACUGAAGCUACGCCAGAACGCGCUCAAGAAGGAGGACGCAGAUCUGCAGCUCGAGAUGGAGAAGCUGGAACGGGAGCGCAAUCUGCACAUCCGGGAGCUCAAGAGAAUACACAAUGAGGAUCAGUCGCGGUUCAACAAUCAUCCAGUGCUUAACGAGCGCUACCUGCUGUUAAUGCUGCUCGGCAAGGGUGGCUUCUCUGAGGUGCACAAGGCGUUCGAUCUGAAGGAGCAACGCUACGUCGCGUGUAAGGUGCACCAGCUGAACAAGGACUGGAAAGAGGACAAAAAAGCCAACUACAUCAAGCACGCGUUACGAGAGUACAAUAUCCACAAAGCACUCGACCAUCCACGUGUGGUAAAGCUGUACGAUGUAUUUGAGAUCGAUGCCAACUCAUUUUGUACCGUUCUCGAGUAUUGUGACGGGCAUGAUCUCGACUUCUAUCUGAAGCAGCACAAGACGAUUCCAGAGAAGGAGGCGCGCUCGAUCAUCAUGCAGGUUGUGUCAGCAUUGAAGUAUCUGAACGAGAUCAAACCACCGAUCAUACACUACGACCUGAAGCCAGGCAACAUUCUGCUGACCGAGGGUAACGUGUGCGGUGAGAUCAAGAUUACCGAUUUUGGCCUGUCAAAGGUUAUGGACGAAGAAAACUAUAACCCGGACCACGGUAUGGAUCUCACAUCACAAGGUGCUGGAACUUAUUGGUAUUUGCCACCGGAAUGCUUCGUGGUCGGCAAGAACCCGCCGAAGAUCUCGUCUAAGGUGGACGUCUGGAGCGUUGGCGUUAUUUUCUACCAGUGCUUGUACGGUAAAAAGCCGUUCGGCCACAACCAAUCGCAGGCCACCAUCCUCGAGGAAAACACGAUCCUAAAAGCAACGGAAGUGCAGUUCGCUAAUAAACCGACAGUCUCGAAUGAAGCCAAGAGCUUUAUUCGUGGAUGCCUGGCCUACCGGAAGGAGGACAGGAUGGAUGUGUUCGCGUUGGCCAAACACGAGUAUCUGCAACCGCCGGUGUCAAAACACAAUCGCUCAUCGAACCAGCAGAACCAGCAUGCUGGAGUGAAUGCUAGCACCAAUAGUGGAGCCGGUGCUGGCGGUGGAACUGGUGCCGGCGGUGGCGGUGGUGGCGGAUCCGGUGGAUCGGGUGGAGCGGGCGGGAACCCUGCCGGUCAGCAGACUUCCUUCUCGACCGGCAUGUUCGGCAACAUGAACCAAUCUAGCUCGUCUUAGCUGUCCUUCCGUAGCGGCGGCGUCGUGAGCAAUAAGCGUUCCGGUACCGGCAGCGUAUCCUCCUUUCCCUUCGCUCAUGCACGCUCGCGCACGGCAGGCACUGGGGGCACUACACCUCCUUCGCCACCAACACCAUUACUAGCCACUACAUCGGGCAUUGUUAACGAUCCUGCGACUCCCUUGCUGCCUCCUGCGGGGCAACGGACAACUUCCUCGUCGGUCCUGCUUCUACCGUGUAGUAGCGGGGCAGAGAUAAGCGGUAUGAAGCAUAGAAUCACCAGCAGCAGCACUACCACAGCCAUUACCAGUAAUAAGGCAGCAGUUGUGACCACGGCAAGGGCAAGUAUUUUGAGCGAAACAGCACUGAAUAUGUCAGCAGAGACGGACGAUCGACGGUCGCUGGUGGGCCGGGCGAUCCGAAACGGCAUCGGCGGUGGAGGCGCAUGGUCGAAGAACGCGGCCAAAAAGAAAAGUAUUAUCUUGAAACCAUCACCGCUGCAACAGCAACAGCACCAGCACCAGCUGUUGCAGUGUAUUAGCGCUGGCAGCAACAAAUCACUGGUCACCGUACGUCAAACCGAAACCGAAGCCGGCCAGCAAGUGAACCAACAACUACCACUGCAAUCGUCGGCCAUCGGGCAACGGCAGCUGCUACAAGAACAGUACAAACAUCAGCAGCAGCAACAGCAGCAGAAUCCUCUGGGCAGUACAACCCAUCUGUUUAACCAACCUGUUGCGGUGCCGCCCACCAAGCCACAACAGCGCACGUACCAGCACCGGCACCAGCUUCUGUUGCUGCGAAAGGCGGUUGCUGUCAAUGGGGUGGUUGCACCAGCGGCUUGCCAAGCGACCGUAGUUUGCACUGCUACCCCCACCACUGUAUCGACUCUGGUGGCCUCCACAUCGUCUUCAUCGUCCUCGUCGUCCACGUCUGAGUCAUCGUCGGUAUCCGCCAAGUCCACUGUACCAUUGACGCACACCAGCCCCCUAACGACUAACAAUAACACCAAUAGCACUAGCGUGCGCGCAGCAUGCCGACCGAUGAAUGGAGCUUAAAGCUGCCUUCGAGCUGUGUACCUAUGGAGCGCUGUCAAGCUGUGCAGCCGUACACCGUCGUCUCUACUUUUGCGUGACAAAACAUGCCCGUUGAUUUCUCAACACCAUCAGCGUCUGAUGUUGUGCGCGUCGACAGCAAGCUGCAAUUCUCAACCAACCAAUAACAUUCCUACUCUCCACGACGGUCCGUUCCACGCGCAGGUGCGCGCGCCAGCAGUGCUUGCAUUCGAAUUCACAGUCGAAUCUUGACUAGAUGGCAGAAGAUGAAAACAAAUGAAAAUCGAAACAGAGAGAUAACAAAGGGGAACAGGAACUGCAAGCAAAUUGACAAAGUGUGUGAGAGAGACAGAGAGAAUGGUGUUUGGCUAAACUAAUCGCAAAAGUCUGUACAGUACAUGAUGAGCGGAUAUGUACAUAGUUUAUGCUUUUGAGGAAUCGAUCGUUUGAUAGUCAAUAGAGGUUACACCGCGGUUUAGGUUUUAGUUGUUUAGACUGUAAUAUGAAUUCCUGGACUGUGCAGAUGAAUGUGUGCUGUAGCGUGCAUUAGCCAACAUAACAUUUGUCUCGUUGGGCGCAAUACUUUCACAAUUUGUUGAUAUCAUUUGAUUCCUUGUGAUGGAUUCAAACGCAGCGAAGAGGGCUUGAUAUGGUAUGCCUUUCCCCAUUGAAUGUCAACGCUGACAUCAUACAAGUAACGCAUGUAUACUUUAGUUUAAACACUUUUUGCACUGAUUUUCAAUAAUUUGAACUUGAACAAGCAGGCCUGGCUGGCUGCCGGUUUAUGCCUUAUAAUUUGUAAGUUUACCAUUUCUUAAUCCAUCUGACCAGUCGUUGAGGAAAGGGACGGGGGUGGGAUGUGGUUCUUUUUUUGUAUUUCCUGAAUUGCUAAACGCCGCAUUGUUGUUUUGUGGUGAGAGAUGCAACAAAUGAGCGAAGGAGAACAGCAAAAGACGGUAUAUGAAAUGAAGCGAAAAAGCGAUGAUUGCCUUCUUGAAUUCACAAAACACUUGACGGGAGGUGUGUUUACCCUUCUUUUUUUGGUCCUUUUGAAUUAAAUCACAAGUGCUGCGGCUUAUGAUGUAAACGGGCACACAGCACAGAUAAAUCGAACGAAAGUUGAAAAUUAAGGUGAACGGAGCAGCAAUUGCUCGUUCUGCAUCCCGUGACUUAGGCUGCCCUUGGACCUUGUUUAAUAGAAGCGUCUGCAAGGUAAGCGGACAAAGCAAGAUAAUUAGAAGUUUGAAAUGUUUGUCGAAAUGGGGCGCGAAGGCCCUAGAAUGUGGUAGUAUACACACUAGAUAAUAGAGUUUGUAAAAAUUGAUAAACGAUAAUAAAGGAGCGUUAAGAAGGGGCAAACACUGUAAACAUCUCAUAAUAACAAAUUGGCCCACCCGCAGCAUCCCCCCUAAACAAUAAAAGGAUACAGAAGAACACGCACUCGCGUGCACACACACCCACGCGCAUACACACUAUAACUGAUGCAGGGCAUGAAUUGUAGAAUCACUGUGUAUUUGAAUUGGAAAAUGAAGUAGUAGAAAUGAUUUGUACCAGGACCAGGAAUCAGCUCUAGAUACUGUCGGCAAAAGGGGAUCACAAAACAAUUACAAGCGUGUGGGCGCGAAUGUUAGUAUUCAUGCCUAUUCGAGGACAGUGGCAGAGUAAACAGCAAACUGUGAAAUGUACAUAUGAUUUCCUGCAGGGUUUUUUUUUCAGUUUUGUUACCGUGCGCCUACACUAUCGGUAUUAUUGGCAAGAGAAAACGAGUUUCUGGCGUCAAGCAGGCAAGCAAUAGUUCCCUAAUGUGUUGCGCCGUCUUCACACACAGCAAUUUGUUUGCUUUUGGCAGCGAAUGAAAACGCGAAGCCGUAGUUCGCCCCCCCCCCCCCCGUUAAAUUCGGGUGUUCUUUUACGACCGCCCUACCUCUGUCCUUCCACUCUUCUCUUCAUUCUAGUACUUUCCAUGAACGCAUAACCGUGCCGUCGUCCUGUGCGUAAUUGUAAAAACGUGAAGCAAACAGUUUAAAGCAAUUGUUUCCAUUAUUUUUAGUUUCAGUGAAACAAAAGCUUGAUAGAGUGCAAAAAGUGUUGUAUUAAUUUCGGAUGUUCUAUUUAAUGGGGCUAUUUAUUUUCGGAGCUUUCCGCUUACCAUAUUUUCGUAAGCGUUUGGUAGUUGCAGCAGUUCAAGGUAAUUUCUCAAAAACAGAUUUUCUCUCCUGUGGCAACUGUUAUCGGUAGUAACAGGUGAUUAACAUAGUAUUUGCUGUCGUCUUUUUCAUACCGUUAGUUAGGUUGAACUCAAACAAUUUUUUUUAAUUGUAAUAUCGAGAGAAUGUAUGAUUUGGGUGACGAAAAUGCUCAUGAGACAGUUAUGCGUUUAUAGGCAGUGCUCCCCUCAACCAUUCCCAACCUCACUCCCGAGCGGAAAGGGUUUAGAAAGCUGUCUUAUUAAUGGCAAGGAUGGUGAGAUUAUUUUUACGGAACACGCCUUCAGUAAAAAAUACUUCGGCUACGGGGGGGAAUGUUCGUUUUUGGUACUCUUCAAGAUAAUGAUGAUAAGAGAGAAGAGAGAGAGAGAGAGAGAGAGAGAGAAAGGAAGAAAGAAUUAAAGAAAAAGAAUAAGUGUGUGCGCGUGAGUGUGUAUGUGUGUGUAUGUAUGUGUGUGUUUGUGUGUAUAUGUGAAUGCAAAGCAACACAGUGGCUAGAGGAUGCGUCCACAUGAUUUACGUAAAAAUACAGCAGAAAAGAUAAAUGUACGCUCAUUUACUAGUAAAUAAAUUAUCAAAGUUAGUGGUUAUAUCCAAACAAGCACGUUAGCGCACAUACAUACACACGCAGAAAUGUGGAAAAUGGAAUGAAAAUAAACCAAAAAAUUAGAUGAACAGAAAACUGAGCCUCGUCCCCUCCCCUGUCCUGUAGUAGACGAACAACCCGACAUGUAGUAAGAAAAAGUGAAAAAUGGAAAAGUGUGCAAGGAAAAGAAAAGAGCAGGAGGAAAACGACACACACACACAUACAUACACACAUACACACACACUCAAAAACACAACGCGCAAGGGGAAAAAGAAGGCAGGCAAAUGGUAACAAAAUACUGAAAAUAAUAAUAAAGAUAAAUAAUUAUAAUAAAUUAUUUAAGAUAUGACAAGAAAAA